AUGGCUGCAGCCAUCGCCAGCUCCCUGAUCCGCCAGAAGAGACAAGCCAGGGAGCGGGAGAAGUCCAAUGCCUGUAAGUGUGUCAACAGCCCCAGCAAGAGCAAGGGAAGCUGCGACAAGAACAAGUUGAAUGUGUUUUCCAGGGUCAAACUCUUUGGCUCCAAGAAAAGGCGAAGAAGGCGACCAGAGCCUCAGCUUAAAGGUAUAGUAACAAAGCUAUACAGCAGGCAAGGAUACCACUUGCAGUUGCAAGCAGAUGGAACAAUUGAUGGAACAAAAGAGGAGGACAGUAGUUAUACUUUGUUUAACCUCAUUCCUGUGGGUUUACGAGUGGUGGCGAUUCAGGGGGUUCAAACAAAAUUGUAUCUGGCAAUGAACAGUGAAGGAUACCUAUAUACAUCAGAACAUUUUACACCUGAAUGCAAGUUCAAAGAAUCAGUAUUUGAAAACUACUAUGUGACGUAUUCGUCAAUGAUCUAUAGACAGCAACAGUCUGGCCGGGGUUGGUAUUUGGGUCUUAACAAAGAAGGAGAAAUAAUGAAAGGAAACCACGUGAAGAAAAAUAAACCUGCAGCACACUUUCUUCCAAAACCGUUAAAAGUGGCCAUGUACAAAGAGCCUUCUCUCCACGAUCUCACAGAGUUCUCAAGAUCUGGAAGUGGGACCCCAACAAAGAGCAGAAGUGUUUCAGGAGUGCUAAAUGGGGGUAAAUCCAUGAGCCAAAACGAGUCAACGUAGCCAGGUUCAGGCAAGCCAAGUGCUCUCUAAACAGAACCUUACCUCUGGAUGCAGUUGAAUUCUUACUAGCAGUCUUUCAUCCAAACGUUCAAUUGCCCAGGACAAGCCACCGAACUUGCAUAGGUCACUCGUUUAUCAGCCAUUAGAUCUACUGGUUGUCAAAGGAUAUACCCCAAUAAUGUAGAAUAUGCUUGUGCAUAUCACAAGGCACUUGGAUAGCCAGCAAACAUAACUGCGGAAUAAAUCUCGGAGAAGAAAUGUCCAGGUCUUUCUCUCUCUCUCUUUUUCUGUCUCUCUUUCUCUCUCUCUCUCUCCUAUGCUUUGUGGAAUACGAAACAAAAACAUUUCACAGCAUUCACUGCUGAUAAGAAUUUGCUUUCCAACUCAGAAAAAGACCACUUUUGCUCUUCAAAGGAAAUUUUAAUGCUUGUAUGUUUUAUAGGGGCAAACAAAAAACAAAUAUGUAAACUCUGUUGUUUCCUUGGCUUACCGUUUUAUAUCUAAGGCUUGAUAAAAAAUGUAUCCUUUAAUUUGGAAUAGUGCAACUUUUUGAUUUCUGAACUCCAAUGGGUCUUUAAAGCUAUGUCUUUAAAAAAAUAAUUAAAAAAUCAGGGUUGGAACUGAGAGUUGGUGUCUCAGGCUCAAGCAAACAGUGUUCUUGUGGUUUUAAACACAACGAAAUAUAAAUUUUUAUAGAUUUGUAGUUUCUGGUAAAGUUCUUGUGCUAACCCCAGUCUGUAGGAAUUGAGUUGUUUUGUUAUCCCAAGUGGAAGUUAACAGAAAGGGAUAAAAUUAUCCUCCAGUGUAGAUUUCUCUUAAUUCCAUUUUGUGUGUCAUGUUAAACUAUUGUUGUGGCUUCUUUUCUAAAGACAGAAACUGUGGAAUUAAGGUGACUUAAUUUUUUUAUAAGAAACGUCUUAUUUGUAAAAGUCCUUCUUUCACUGUAACGGGCACGUGAAUAUUGUGUAGGAGGAAGCGUUAGGACAGGUUACCCCUAAACAACAUAUACUUAUACAUGCUAUUGGAAACAAUUGUUUAAAAAAUGUAGUUAGGUUUCCAUUUAGGUCAUCAUGUCUGUUGCAUGGGAGAAAGUUGGAAUAUUGGCAUAGAGUUGCAUGAUGUGUAAGAUUUUGUGCAUUAAUCAUUGUUGGAUUCUGUGCUCCAAAACUGACAUAGUUCUGUACAGGCAGCUUUCUGCCUCGUACAAACGAGUUGUUUAUUAUUUGUUGUAUACACAACCAUGCACUGAAUAAACUAUUUAUAUUAAGAUGUA